AGUCCCUUCUUUACAUUUGCAUUUCCAGCAUUCAUUUGAAAUACUUUAUACAUUCUUGAUAACUUAUCUGAUGUUAAAUACCAACGACAUCAUCUUAUAAAAUUUUUCUUUUAAAUUGUAAUUUAAUGUAAAUUUUAAACCUUUCAUCCACAUAUUCUCCCAUUGUUCAAGCUUUACAUUAUAUUGAAAGUUCCUUGCCCUCUGGAUUGUGGUUAAGAAAAAGAUUUCAGUAAAAUGUCAACUUUUAUAAUUUUAUUUGUAAGCUUUUUAGAUGUUCAUAUCAUAUUAAUCCUUAAAAAGGAUUUAUGUCUUUCUGGAAAAAAAGUAUAUUUUCUAGCAGAGCCAUUCCCCCCCCCAUCCACAAAUCUAUUAAUGCUAAAUUGUCCAUCAUCUCAAAAAAAGUCUUUGGUAAUUUACCCUGGGAGGAUUUAAUCCCUUUGAUAGAUGUUCUAUCCAAAACUGGGGAAAUCACUCCAUUCCAAUUCUACAGCAUAAGCCAAUUUUCAUAUGAAAAGGGUAGUAUAUUGAUCCAUAGGAUAUUCAGAAAAUUUACUUUUAUCAUCAUUUGGCAUAUAAAGUCCAACUAUUUUUGAUUUUAUUCCAUUAAGUUAAUUUCCACUACUACAAAUCUACUAUAUUCAUCUAAUAAAAGUAAGGUUUAAAUUGGGGUUUUAUAUACUGCAUAAAACAACUCCAAUGAUCUUUUUUAAACCAGCUGAUAUAAAUUCCUUGUAAGGACCUGCCUCAAUCCCUCUUCCCAAGAAAGCAGAACUCCUGGAACAGCUUCAUUCCAAAAGAAACUUUUAUUAGGAGAAGUUGACAACAGGUAUAAAAGGCAGGAUCUGAGGGUUUCCCACUCAGAUCAGUAUGUUAAAAGAGUAACUGACAAACCCCACCCCAUAGUCCAUCUGGUCAGUUCAAAUGAGCCAAUCUCCAGGUGUGAACCCGCUAUGGUAACGGGGUUGAUAAGAUGCCAUUCCCAAGGUUGUUAGGCUGUUAGGUCUUCGUGCCUCUUCUUCCACCGUUAUUGAUAAGGGAGAUGGCCGGAGGUACAUUCCAUUCUCACCCCAGGCUGACAGCAAGGGAAAUAGAUCAAAGAGCAAGCAGAUAGAGGAAAGUGGAGAAAAGCAGAGAGAAUACAUUGUAGCGCCCAUAGCUUUCCCUCCUCUGCUCAGAAGUAUGGCAGAACCCGCCGGAACAUAGAAUAAAGAAAUUUCUUUCCUCCUGGAAUAACUGGGUUCUGACAUGCCACCACCCCCCUUAAAAAUGAGAGAUCCACCUGCAGAAGGAACAAGAUAAGGAAAGAAAACAUACAUGGGUUAGUCCGAUUUGUCAGGGAAUUUAGCAUGAAAUUUAUUAAGUAAUCUCGGUGCUUUAACAUGUCAUUUAUGGGCCCACUCAUUUUGGGAAGGAGGUAGGUCUUUUCAGGCUAUUAGGUAUUGUGUGGAACCAUGAUAUUUUCUAGAGUCUAGGAUCUCUUUGACCUCAAAAUGUUGCUCUCCUUCCAUCAUGAUUGGAGGAAGAGGAGGAGCUGCAGCUGGCCUUAUGGGCAGGAUUAGUUCUCCUUUCAAUAGGCUACAGUGAAAUACAGGGUGAAACUGUCUUAGAAUUUUAGGGAGUUUCAAUUCUACCAUCACUGGAUUUAUUAUCUGUUUAAUGGGAAAAGGGUCCACAAAUUUAGGUCCCAACUUCUUUGACAGUUGUAAAGAUGUUAAAUAUUUUGUGGACAGGUAUACUUUCUCCCCUACUUGGAGGGGCUUAGGUUCUAUUUGUUUUUUAUCUGCUUGAACCUUGUAUGCCUCCCUCAUCUAAGGCUUUUCUCAUAACCGACCAGGUAUUCUGGAGUUGUGCUAUCCAUUCCUUCAGAGAAGGUAUGUGGGUUCAUUAGUUGAUAGUUCAGGUAUUGGGUAAAAGCUUUGUCUUGUUGCGACUUGCAACGGCGUAUAGCCGGUGCUGGAAUGAACUGCAUUGUUAUAUGCAACUUCUGCAAAAGGAAGCAGAUUGGCCCAGUUGUCUUGCUGGUAAUUUAUAAAACAUCUUAAGUAUUGUUCUAAUACUGAGUUUGAACAUUCUGACCCACCAUUCGCUUGCGGAUGAUGACUAGAUGAUAACCCCUGAGUGGUCCCCAAAAGGUCCAGGAAAGCCUUGUAAACCGCACUCCCUAUCUAAUAUUCACUGUGGAGCUCCAUGCAGUCAGUAUAUGUGUUGCACAAACAGCUUCACUAGUGUCUUUGCUCUGGGGAUUUUUUGACAUGGGAUGAAGUGCAUCUGCUUAGAGAACAGGUCUGUAACUACCCAAAUGACAGUAUUCCCCCCCACUCUCUGGUAAUUCCACAAUAAAUUCCAUAGAAAUUUUGCUCCAGGAUGCUGCCAGGGUUGCCACCGUCUGCAACAAUCUGGGGGUCUUUCUUCCAUCUGGCCCGGUGCCCGUCUCCGUCAGCUGGCACAACUUGCGCUGGGGUGGUAGCCACCGCCGCAGCUGUUGCAAUCUCCGAGAUGCUGGUGGAAGGGCCCGGGUUUGCAACCUCGCUCUCUGUGCGUACUUUUUCUGCCGAGCCCCGGCAUGUAUCCAUCUUCUCCUCCUUUAGGGAGUCAAAAUAUCAGCAUAUUGAUUGCUUGCCCUAGGAACCAGCUAGAACAGGCAUGUCUCUCGUCCUCGUCCUCACUGAGAUGGACACUCUCCAUCUCCCGCUUCCAACCUGGUUGGUCACUGCCCAUUUGAGGGUCACUUUUCUGGCUUUCCAGUCCCAGUCUUCCUUCUUUCCAAUGCCUAUCAACCACCUUGGCUUAUUCCAGUGCUCGAUGUCUGCGGCUUCGUCGGAGGAACUGGGGGCGUGUGAGCUGCUGUCACUUAGGCCAAUCUGGGGGGAAUAACUGGGUUCUGACAUUCUCUAAUCGUUUAUUUAUUAAGUAUUUCUUAUUUUGUAUCUUGAUAUGUGUUUCUUGAAGGCAAGUUAUAUCAACAUUAACUUUUCUCAGGUAACAUUUGCCCCAUUAAUAUUGCAUGUAAUAGACUUAAUUUCUAUCUUUAGAAAAUCUGCUAAGUUUCUUUACAGAUCUCUUAACCGCAUCUUCUUCGAUUUCAAUUUUUGAGGUUGACUCUGAUUUCUUAUCUGUGUCCAUUUCUUCAGCUAGGUCCAAAUCAAGGGUCUGAUCAAGAAAUCCUUGGCUUUUUUCUAUGAAAUUCAGUCUGAAUCUUUGCUCUUGAUGAGUGAGUAUCAUUCCUUCAAGUUUAUUCCAGUGGAAGAGAAUUUUUCUCUUCUUCAGAAUAUCAGUAAGGAAAGAAUAGGCUUUCCUUUUUUUAACAGGAAUUUCCUUCAGAACAAUUAUAUCCAUGCAUUUCAUUCUUGAGUUGGCAAUCCAGAACAUGAUCUCUCGUUCUUCUUCUUACAAAGUGAACUAAGACAGGGGUCCCAAACCUAUGGGCCGCGGCCCACUACUGAGCCGUAGCCUACUGGUCACCAGACUGGCUAGUGCGCAUAUUCACCCCCACUCGCACUAGCGCCUGCAGACCCGUUUGUGCAUGCACACGCUAGCAUGGACCGGCUAGCACCUGCAUGCCUGCAGAAACGGGACCUCUAGCGCACGAGCAGGUUGCAUAGCCCAUUUGCGCAAUUACACAGGGGCUAGCCUGGUGGCUGGUCCCUGUGCACAUGUGCCAAUGGUGACCGGUAGUGCAUAUGGGUUUCACAGCCCAUUUGCGCAUGCAUGCGAGCAGCAGCGGAUAACACCAGUAUGCAUGCACAGAUGGGGCCGCUAGCACUAUGUGGGUUGAGCAGCCCGUUUGCACGUGUGUGGGGGUAGCAGUGGCUGUUAGUGCCUACAUGCCUAUGCAAAUGAGGCUGCUAGCACCGUGUAGCUGCGCAUGGCCCUGUUUCCACACACACGCAUGUGCACAUGCACACAAAUUUUCCAGCUGCUCCCUUUUUUAAAGUUAAGAGUUUUAGACUUGUAGGUUUGUAACAUAAAAUCCAAUGGGUUAAAUGAUACUACUGGAGAAUCAAAAGGGAUUGGCAGUCUUUUGACUCCCUCUCAUGGCCAAACAACACCAAUGUAUUAUAAGUUGCAAAAAAAGAACUUAGUGUCUGCCUCUUUGUUUAAUAGCCCACACAACUAGUUCAAUCAAAAGCAAGUAAAAUCGGAACUGUUUCUCCCCAUCCUCACAGCAAGAUCAAAACACUAUUUAGGCAAUCUUUGUUUUAAAAAAAAAUUCAGAUGAGUCAAUUAAAGAUAUAAAAUUCUCUAGAAAAUUUAAAUCCGAAAGUGUCAAAAGUAGUUUCCACAGUAAUUUCCAGGUUAUUUAUUUUGGCUCUAAUACACCAACUCCUCACCUCCUUAUAGUCAUGGACCUUCAGAAAUAAUGUUUCAACAAAAAAGAAAAAGCAAGCUGCAGUCAGAGGAAACCUCUUUUAACAUGAAAGAUAAAUAUGCAAAAAGCUAGUGCCUAAGAAGUGGUGACACAUUUUAUUGUCCGUUUUAAAUGGCUGGUUCUUCCACAGUGAACUUGCUUCUUGGUUGCCUUGACCCUGCCAGAGACUCACCCAAUUACUUUUUCUUCAAGAAGCACUCUGAAAGUGCCCAGCUAUCUGGGAGCAAGAAUGUUGAUUUCCAGAUUUCCCCCUUUCCCAGGGAAAUUUCUUCUGAGUAUAAAAGUAUAAAACUGGAGAAUCUGUAGCAGACCAAAAGAAAAGCUACAAGCAAGGGGACAUCUUCCGCCAGAAGUGCUAUUGCUAUAUUGAAAGAAAUAACAAAACAUGGGAAGCAUGAGUCACAAUCAUUUGUGCUCUUGUCGUUUUAUGUUUGGGCUGCCCUUGAAGACCACCCAUCAGACCAACAGCUGCCCAUAAAAACUACCUCAUAUAGUCAUAUAACUCCAGUAUCCCAAGCACUGCUUUCUAGUACAAUUUAAGGUGCUGGUUAUUAUGUUUACUACCUUUAAAGUCUUUCAUGGUUAUAGACCUGGUAACUUAAAGAAUCUGCCCAUCCAUGGCAGAGAAUAUCUGCUACAUGAGUUGUGGUAGGAUGGUAUAUGAAGAUGGGUAAUUUGUUCAGGGUUUCUCCAAAUACAAGUUUUGCAUGUUGAAUGUUGAUAUUUAGAAAAUUAUUAAUAUCUUCUAAAGAACAUUUGGACUGUGAAAUGAAGACUAGAUACCUGAAAUGAAUGGUGCCACUGUUUCAACAUUGCAUGUCAUUUUGGAUUGAUGAGCAUAAGGUGGAAUUGUGUUAUGAGAGGUGGCUAUGUGUUUUUUUCAAAUAAUUUUACGAAGAAUUACAAAUAGAAAAAGUAAAAGUAUUUGUAAUACAGACGACAAAAAUGCAAAAAUAAAAUUACAAAAAAGGUAAGUGUAAAAAAAAUAAAAAAUAAAAAAUAGGAUAACUUUCCCUUUCAUCCCAGUAGGUAGAAACAAUUUUAAUAACUCAUUACUAUCUCUAAAUAUAACAAACUCUCUUUAUUCCAUAACUCAUCUCUUGACUAAAAACCAAAAUCAAAAUUCUUUAGUAUUUGUUCUUUGUCAGGAAAGGUCCAGUAAGGGAAACCAUAUAGCAAAUUUUCUAUUUUAACCUUGAUCAAAUAAACCAAAUCCUUGACUUUUCAUAUGUAUUAUGUCAAAAGUAUCUCUUUCCUCCAGAGAGAUUUCGCCAAUCUACAUCUAACACCCAGCUGUGAUUCUCUUUGUAAAGCAAUCUGAAUGCCAGCAAGAUGUCAGUUUAUCAUAAUUUUCACUGGAAGUUGAAAAAUGUUCAAGAUGUUACUGUGUUUUGACAUUUACAUUGUAAUUUAUAUAUUUUAAUGCUUUUAUUAUAUCACUUGGUUGCAUUCCCCUUGAGGUGUCAUAAAAGCAAAUAGAUAUAGAAAUAAAUACAGACAUAAGCUGUUUCAAGCUUUAAAGAUCAAAGCCAAUAUCAAAGCCAAAACCCUGAAUGCUGCCUUGAAAACUAUAGGAAAUCUAAAAGCCCUAUUAAUACUUGUAUAACACACAUGUAAUUAUAUGGUUUGAAGGAGAGACAAAUACAUUAGCCUAUAGGUUAGAAACAUGUUAAAAUAAAAUAAAAUAAUAAAUGAAUAAGUGUUAGUUCUAAAAUGCUAUAAAAUGUUAGCUAUAAAAUGCUGAAAGUUUCAAUUAAUUAAAUUAAAAAAUGUUCAUUGUCAGUUGUAAAAUAUAUUCCUAACAAUCUGUACAGAUUGGAGACAUAUUAAUUGUAUUAAUCUGUUGGGUCUUGUAGCAGAAUAGAAAACAAGAGAAAUGUGAUUUGGAGGCAACAGUAUAAACAGUGGAGAUAUUAUUCUUAACCUGUGUAAUAACACUUUAUUUUUUUAGGAAAACACAACAUAGUUCUCUUGAUCAGAGCUCUCCACCACUGAGUGGAAUGUCAGGCGCUUACAAUCACCCUGUAUUAGGAAUGUAUGAUUCUAAAGAUGAUUUUCCACUCAGAAAAACAGCAUCUGAACCCAAUCUCAAACUGCGAUCUAGAUUAAAGCAGAAGGUUGCUGAAAGGCGCAGCAGUCCUUUGUUAAGACGAAAAGAUAGUCCUGUAGCUACAGCUCUUAAAAAACGUCCAUUAGAUGUCACAGAAUCUGCAUGCAAUAGUGCUCCUGGAUCUGGCCCUAGUUCUCCAAACAAUAGUUCCGGUAAUAUAAGCACUGAAAAUGGAGUUGGAUCAGUUAUAAAUAUACAAACAGAGACCACCUUGGCUCAUAGACUGGUUAAUCAUGAAGGUUCAAUAACACAGCUUCCAUUGUAUACAUCUCCCUCAUUGCCUAAUAUAACCUUAGGACUACCUGCAGCAGCCCCAUGUACUGGUGGAUCAGAACAGCAAGAUUCUGAAAGACUUGCUAUUCCAUCAUUACAACAACGAAUCUCCAUAUUUCCUGGCACCCAUAUCACUCCUUAUUUGAGCAGUACAGCAGUGGAUAGAGAAGGGGGAUCAACACACAGCCCUCUUCUUCAACACAUGGUUUUACUGGAACAGUCAACUGCACAAAAUCCAUUGGUCUCAGGACUAGGGGCAGUCCCUCUCCAUGCACAAUCCAUUGUGGGUGCUGAUAGACUAUCUCCCACAAUACACAAACUGCGGCAGCACCGUCCUCUGGGGCGCACCCAGUCUGCUCCCCUUCCCCAGAAUGCACAGGCCCUCCAGCAAUUGGUGAUCCAGCAACAACAUCAACAAUUCUUGGAAAAACAUAAACAACAAUUUCAACAACAGCAGUUGCAUAUUAACAAGAUGUUGCCAAAAUCAAAUGAAGCUUCCCGUCAGCAUGAAAGCCAUCCAGAAGAGACUGAAGAAGAAUUAAGAGAACAUCAGACAUUUUUGGAAGACCAAUACAUUGACAGCACAGCAAAACAAAAGGAAAUUGAAGGAUUGACCCAAAUGGUCCACGUGAAGCAAGAACCUGCUGAAAGUGAUGAAGAUGGAGAACAACAAGAAUUGGAACCAGGACAAAGGCAAGCAGAGCAAGAACUGCUCUUCAGACAGCAAACUCUUUUACUGGAGCAGCAGCGCAUUCAUCAGCUCAGAAACUACCAAGCAUCCAUGGAAGCUGCUGGCAUUCCUGUAUCCUUUAGUGGACAUCGGCCACUUUCUCGAGCUCAGUCUUUACCUGCUUCUGCCAAUUUUCCAUUAUCUACACAAGAGACAUCGUGUAAGCCACAGUUCACAACAGGUCUUGUGUAUGACACCUUGAUGCUGAAACACCAGUGCAUUUGUGGAAACACAAACAGUCAUCCAGAACAUGCAGGGAGAAUCCAGAGCAUUUGGUCACGGCUUCAGGAAACAGGUCUUCGUAGCAAGUGUGAGUGUAUCCGUGGAAGAAAAGCAACUCUAGAAGAAUUGCAGACUGUGCAUUCAGAAGCACACACACUGAUUUAUGGUACCAACCCUCUGAACAGACAGAAAUUGGACAGCAGGAAAUUGUUAGGCUCUCUGACAUCACUGUUUGUCAGGCUUCCAUGUGGUGGCAUUGGGGUGGACAAUGAUACAAUUUGGAAUGAAGUGCAUUCAUUCAGUGCUGCUCGUCUUGCUGCUGGCUGUGUCAUAGAGCUUGUAUUUAAAGUAGCUACAGGAGAACUAAAGAAUGGAUUUGCUGUAGUUCGACCUCCUGGUCACCAUGCAGAAGAAAGUACCCCUAUGGGGUUUUGCUAUUUUAAUUCUGUAGCCAUUUCCGCCAAACUUCUCCAGCAGAGACUGAACGUGAACAAAAUCCUUAUAGUGGAUUGGGAUGUACAUCAUGGAAAUGGUACGCAGCAAGCUUUCUACAGUGAUCCCAAUGUCCUUUAUAUUUCACUACAUCGCUACGAUGAUGGAAACUUCUUCCCAGGCAGUGGAGCCCCUGAUGAGGUUGGCAUAGGAUUGGGUGUUGGUUUUAAUGUAAAUAUAGCAUUUACUGGUGGUCUUAAUCCACCAAUAGGAGACUCAGAAUAUUUGACUGCUUUCAGAACAAUAGUAAUGCCUAUUGCUCGUGAGUUUGCUCCAGAUGUUGUACUGGUGUCAUCAGGUUUUGAUGCAGUAGAAGGUCAUCCUGCACCCCUUGGGGGAUAUAAUCUAUCUGCAAAAUGCUUUGGAUACCUCACCAAACAGCUUAUGGGGCUGGCUGAAGGACGAAUCAUUCUGGCUCUUGAAGGUGGUCAUGAUCUGACAGCCAUUUGUGAUGCAUCUGAAGCAUGUGUUUCUGCUUUACUAGGAAAUGGGCUUGAUCCAAUUCCUGAAGAAAUAUUACAGCAAACAGCAAAUGUUAAUGCAGUGCAUUCCAUUGAAAAGGUCAUUGAAAUACACAGUAAAUAUUGGCAUUCGCUCCAACGUUAUUCUUCAACAGUUAGUUAUUCUUUGAUAGAUGCACAGAAGUGUGAUAAUGAAGAAGAAACUGUAACAGCAAUGGCAUCUUUGUCAGUGGGAGUUAAACCACUUCCUGAGAAAAAGCUAGAUGAGGAGCCUAUGGAAGAGGAUCCUCUUCUGUAGCAUACUCCUAGUUUGAAGCGCUCCAGUAAAAUUCAUCUUGUCUUUGAAGGCCUGCCAAGAAGCUUUCUCUUGUAUACCUGCAUUCUGCCCUAAUUUUCUUCCAGAAAGGCAGCCAUGUUGAAAAAAAGCCUAAUCGCUCCAUAUUGUAUGGAUUAUGCUCAUGGAAAAAACACAGGUGAAGAACAGCAAUAUGAAUUACAGACACACUAAGUGAUCUUCCUUUUUUCCUCAAUGGAAGCUACUAUAAGAGGCAAGAAGCCAGGGAAGUAUUUAGUUGUCAGCUUUUGCUGUUGUUUCAAAAGACUUAACAAGUAUGUGAUAAUUUUUAUUUAAAACUGGUGCUUAACAUUUAAUUACAUUCAGACCAUUCAGACUAAAUUCUACUUUUUUUCAGUAUUUUUGUGGUUCUCGCGUACUUGUGAAUUAGAGUUCUUCAAAACUCACACCCUGAGGAGGGUUAUUUUUCUUCUUGUGAAGGGUAAAAAGAAAACUAAGCUUUUAUAUAUUCAUUCAAACUAUAUAAAUAUGGAGAGGAAGAGUGUAAAAAAAGAAAGAUAGCCAGAAAAGGGAUUGGCUUUAGCAUUGCCAAAGCCAUUGGAAGAGUUUGUGCCUUUUAAAACACAAUAGACUGAUUCGGGCAGCUGUUUUUUCCUGAUGUUUUUGAAGAAAUAUGCCUUAAAGAAAAGAACUCUGCAGCAGUUCCUCUGGCAGAGAAAGCCAAGAACUGCAUUCUGCAAGAAAGAUAUUAGGAUUUCUGCUAGCAUGAUUAUUUAAAGCAAGCAAAAACCAGAGCUUCUCCCAAACAGUCUACAACCUUAUUUUGAUUUUUCUUUUCCUUGCUGUUUAAUAUUUUUUUUAAAAAAAUAAGGUAGUUGCCAGUAAUAUGGCAAAUGCUGUUGGGUUUUUUAAAUUCAUUGAUUUUUUAAAAAUCCAACAUUUUCUUUUAUACAUUAUGUAUAACAAAUUAUCAAUUUGGUUGUAAAGGCAUGCACAGAUACAAUUGAAAUUUUUUUUAAAAAAAAUGGAAUGCUUUUUAUUAAAAGCAGAUUGCAUGGGAUAUUGCUUAAUUUUUUAGGUAUAAAUAUUUAUGUACACUGUAUAAUGAAUAAUAUAAAUAUAUUCCAAGCUUGGGAAAAUGACUCUUACAAAUUAUUAAUUAAAUAUUUAUAAUGCAUUUAUAUUAACUAUAUGAAUAAAUGGCAUCCAUCGGAAACUCCUUCCAAAAGAUUUGUGGAUUGAAAGGUUAAGAAAAGGAAUCUAGUUGAAAUGCCCAUUUUCAAAGUGCAGUUUGGAAUGUUUUUGAAAUGCUCAACAUUUUUUUAACAAAGUAUUUCUGGCAAAUAUUUGUUUGCUACUGCUUUAUGAAACAUUAGUUUUUUAGAUAAUGCCAAUUAUUUGCAUUGAUUUUCAUGUUUGGUUUUCAUCUGAGAACUGUCUUUCCAGACAUUAUUUCUGGACAUGCAUAAUUUCUCCCUAGAUACUGAAAUUUGCUCAUUUCCAGAUUUUUGUACAGAAAACACUUUUCUUAAUCUUGUGCAUGUUGCAAACUGAUAUGUAUUAUUUUCAGAAUAUUCUUUUCUCAAAAGGAAGGAUUCCACAGUCAUUUUUAAGAUGAAAAAUUGAUUGUAUAAUUUCUCAGUUCUUCAACUGUAGUUAUAAUACCUAAAGAAAAUGAGAAACUUUCCUCUCUUAAAAGUUGAUUAGUAUUAUAAAGAAUAAUGUAUAUUCUCGAUGGCACGGAUUUUAUUAAAGGCAUUAAUAAUUUAAAUAAGUUGAAAGAUUGCAAUAUUCUGUUGGUACAGUUAAUACUGAGCAAACACACGUUAUUGUGGUUGAAUAAUCCCUUUAAAGAUUACUUCAAAUUAAAUAAUAAUAAUUAUACUUGUUUUUUCAGAGUGUGUUAAUCUUCACCAUGAUCUCUUUUCUUCUAUAUAUUUUUUUAAAUGAGAGCAGUUGACCCUCUGGGUGUAACUGCUUAAUUUUUUAGUAAGGAAAUUAGAAGAGAUUAAUUUUUUUCUAAAGCAACUUUACAUUUUUAGUUAUAUUAACUGACAGAGUCAGUUUAUAAUUAUGUAGUUUUGAAAAGCUUUUUUCUUGCAUUCCAUUAUGACUGGAGUUGUGAGAAUGUAAACAUAUAUUUCAAUGAGUACAGAAGAGUUUUAGGAGGUUAUUUAAUGCAAAAGUUGAUAGACAAUUUUUAAGACAGACACUACAGUAUUAAUGUUCAUGCUAACCCAAAUAUAUCCAAAAAAUGAAUUCUUUUUCACAUUAGAACUGCCAGGAGCAUAUUCUUAAGAGUAAAAUUUGAUGGUAAAGAUAAAAUGUAUAUUUUAUAAAAUGCUUUGCUGCUGUGAUCUAAAUAGAUUUUUGUGUGAAAUUACUUGGUUUCAUAUUUUGUUAAUUACAAUUGAUAAAAAGUGAUGAAUUCUGUGAUCACUACAAUCUCAAAUUUAUUUUAUAUUUGAACAUCACAAUUGUCAAGAAUUUUUUUUGUCACAAAAAAUAUUAUUAUGUAUAAAUGGUUGUUAAUAUGAUUGCUUUUAAUGUUACUUUUAAGAGUCUUCACUUGGGAUUGAAAAGCUUUUGUGAAUCAGAAAGAAUUUUGGUAAAUAUAAUUUGCUCCAUAAUUUAUUAAUUUCUAUUUAAAAUAGAUAUAUCAUAAUCUCA